AUGCUGCUGGAUGUCAAGCGGCUGCUGGGGUCGCUCUACGAGGAGUAUGACUACGAGUUUGACCCCGCCUGGGUGGAGGGCGAGAUCCCCAAGGACCUGUUCGGCUCAUACUUCCGGAACGGCCCGGGCCUGCAGGUCGCGAGCGAGCGCUACACGCGCCACGCGUUUGACGGGGACGGCAUGGUCUGCUGCUUCUCCUUCAGGGACGGCCGCGCGUGGUUCAGGAACAAGUUUGUCCGCACAAAGGGGUUUGUGCAGGAGCAGGCGGCGGGCCGGCCGCUGUUCCGCAGCGCCUUCACCAAGGGCUCCGCCGACGGGUCUCCGUUUUUCAACCCCUUUGACCUGGACAUGAAAAAUGUGGCCAACACUGGUGGGUGGUGUGGGUAG